CUAGCUUUCCAUUCAAUCUAACCGUUCCUGUUGUACUUGAAGUGAAUCACCCAGAGAGAAGUGGAGGAAGAAGAAGGGAGGAUGAAUCUGCUGAGCUUGAACUCUGUGGAAUCGGUGUUGGCUCAAAUCCAAGGCCUAUCUAACAGUGCUCAAGACAUCUCUCAACUUCACACCUUUCUGAAACAGUCCGAAGAAUUGCUCCUCUCCGAGUCGACUCGCUUGGCUCCGCUACUCGCCCAACUCCACCCUUCUCAGCAUUCCUUGGGUUACCUCUAUAUCCUGGAUGCAGGCAUGUAUGCUCCAACUUCAAAGGAGCAAGCCUCUGAACUAGUUUCUUGUGCGGCAAGAUUUAUUAAUGAAUGUGUUGCAGAUCAAAUCCGCUUAGCACCUGAGAAGUUCAUAUCUGUUUGUAAAAGAUUCAAAGAGCAAGUUAUGCUGCUUAAAGAACCUUUAAGAGGUGUGGGUCCUAUGCUGACUGCCAUACAGAAACUACGGCUCUCAUCUGAGCAGCUAACGACCUUACAUCCCGAAUUUCUUCUUUUGUGCUUAAUGGCAAAGUGUUAUAAGAUUGGUUUUUCUAUUUUGGAGGAUGACAUCUUUGAGGUUGAUCAGCCAAAGGACUUUUACCUCUAUUGCUACUAUGGGGGAAUGGUUUGCAUUGGACAGAAGCAAUUUCCUAAAGCUUUGGAGCUUUUUCUUAAUGUAGUAACGGCACCUAUGUCCACUUUAAAUGCUAUAGCAGUUGAGGCAUACAAGAAGUACAUACUUGUUUCACUUAUUCAGAAUGGACAGUUUUCUACCGGUUUCCCAAAAUAUACAUCUUCUGCUGCUCAAAGGAAUUUGAAGAAUUACUCUCAGCCCUACCUGGAGUUGGCAAAUAGUUAUAACCUUGGAAAAAUCUCUGAGCUUGAGACAUGUGUACAGACUAACAAGGACAAGUAUGAAAUUGACAAUAACCUUGGAUUGGUGCAGCAAGUAGUGUCGUCUAUAUAUAAACGCAAUAUUCAGAGAUUGACUCAAACUUAUCUCACCCUUUCCCUUCAAGAUAUUGCUAAUACUGUCCAACUAAAUAGCCCCAAGGAAGCAGAAAUGCAUGUCCUCCAAAUGAUUGAAGAUGGUGAAAUAUAUGCAACCAUCAAUCAGAAGGAUGGGAUGGUUAGAUUUCUGGAGGAUCCUGAGCAAUAUAAGACUUGUGGAAUGAUUGAACACAUUGAUUCAUCAAUUCAGAGAAUAAUGAUGCUGUCGAAAAAACUAACAUGUAUGGAUGAACGUAUGUCAUGCGACCCUUCCUACCUUGCUAAGGUUGGUAGAGAGAGACAAAGAUUUGAUUUUGAUGAUAUUGAGGGUGUACCUCAGAAGUUCAACUUAUGAAGAAUUUGAGCAAUUAUUGUGAAACAAGUUCGUGUUGGGAGGAAAUUGUAUUUCUAUCAUCUCCCCACUGUAUUAGGAAAGUAGUAGAAAUUACAUUAUACUUAACAUCAUGUAUUUUUGCAUGAAAUGGGAUGAGGGGAAUAGCUUGUGUUGAUUGAGAUGGAUGCUGAAGAUGAUGUUGUGAUGAUCACAUUUUAGAAUUUGGUAUAACCAUCUUCUUUAA